AUCACAAGAUUCAUGGGACUCGAGUAGUCUUGAGAGAGUGUUCCGUACCGCUGAAUCCUUCCCGUUUUUCACCUGACAUCUUGGUUGCCAUGGAAACGGUCUCUCCAUCAGACCUUUCAGAUGUUCACCCAGGCAUUGAGACAAAGCCUGUGGAACCUCAAAGGAAGCCAGCUGUCUUGAGGACCAAGCGUGGGAGACAGCAGGUUGAGGCUAAAGCAGCCAAGAUGCCUGUCUGCGAUGUGCUGCCUUCUGAAUCUCAGGAGAUGUCGAACUGUCCUGGUCUGUUGUCGAGUCCUCCCAGUCAGUUGACGCUUGAGAGGAGUGAUUCCCAGCGCACGCAGAAGUCAUCCAAAGGUAAGUCUGAUCUUUUAUGUAGGUGUUCGGAGGGGUUGCAGUCGGCUCUUGUUCCAGGGACAUAUUUUGGCAGUAAUCGGUCUACCUCUGGGGCUCCCAUGUCGUGCAGUAUUGUAGCCGCAAUAAAACACCACAUUUCUCCCAUUUGUACCUGGAAGACGUCGGAUGUAGAUGAAGUGUCUGUGCAAGGUUGCAAGUUGGCGGAAUAUAUUGCUCGAGAAAGACUUAGCAGAGGCUCAAAGCCAGAGUUGUGCAAGUUGGUUCAAAAUCAGACUAUUUUUGGUCAAAACUGGAAAGUACGGAUUGUUCAUAUGGUUCAGAGGAAAUUUGAUUUCGACCAGGAGGGGGAACUUUAUGAAUUCUUACAAAUGUAUUUGAGAGAUGGAAUGUGCAUCUUUCGUCUUCAUGAAGCAACGACCUUGGUUGUCCACCAUGGAGAGUACUUUGCAGUUGUAGACUUUGGAACACGGAAUUCAGAGGGAUUAGCAUCAGAAUCUGGUACACCUGUAGUGGUGUUUAACACAAGCUUAUUUGAUUUAAUGGUUCACUUGAACAAACUUAGGGAAUCAUUAAAUGCAACUGAAUAUGCAAUCCAUGCCAUUUCUGUAAAAGAGAUGUGCAGUAAUGACACAUCUGGAGCACUGAAUGAGGACACACACUCUACCAAUUCAUGCCAUGCUUCAAGUAGCCAUGUUGCAUCAUUCAGUGGGUCAUUUCAUCAAGGUGCUGAUCGCUUUGAAUAUGGUGGAUUGCAAUGUGCACCCAUUAGUCUUGUUGCUUUAACAAAGCACACACUGAAUAGCAUUUUUUCAUGGAAUGCUGACACAUUGGACAAUGUGGUAGUUUUAGGUGAUGAGCUCUACACAUCUUUGCAUGACAGCAAUUUAAUCAGUGGUGGACAUGAGCUUCUUUCUAUUCCAGACUUGCCUAAAAAUAUUCAUGUUGAUGGACAGCAUUUUGAAUGUCUUUAUGGAGAGUGUGUUUCUGGAGAUGUGGAUAUAUUGGGAGGAGAGUUAAUUGAGAAGGGUGUUCUUACUACUCUCUGGGAUGGAUUGAAUAAGAUGUGUGGGAAGUAUGAAACCUGCUUCAUUACACUAUGUGGCAGUACUUGUGCCCUCAUCAGUGUUAACGGGUGUUAUGUUAUUGUAGACUCCCAUGCACGUAACAAUGAGGGCAUGGUAGAUGCAAAUGGUAGGAGCGUUGUUCUUUACUUUAACUGUAUAGAUGAGCUUUUUGCAUAUCUUACAAGGAUUUCUGCUGAACUCAGUGUCACUCGGAGGUUAUUUGAGAUCAAUGGAGUUGAUAUUGUUCAGAUGGAGUCAAGUAAAAGUGCAUCUGAACAUUCAGCUGCUGUUCCAAGUAGCAGUGGACUUUUUGGCCAGAGCAGUUGUGAUAUGCAGGACAAUUCUUAUGGAGGACAUUCAGUUCAACUUGAACCAACAAACCGGGAUGAUGGUGCUGAUGUGGUUGUUACUGAUGUCCAAAAUAACAAAUUGUACUUUAAUCCCAUCUCUGAAGACAUUGCACGGUCACUGUGUGGAAAGUUGAAUGUGGAGUUGGAACGGGCAAAUUGUGUAUCUAGCGUGGUUGGUGAACUAGGUGUGCCAUGUAUGACAGAAACAAUUGUUGGGGAUGGAAAUUGCUUUUUUAGAUCACUUAGUCAAGCCAUAAGUGGCAAUCAAAAAUCUCAUCGUAAAAUUCGGCUUGUUGUUGUAAACCAGUUACAAAAGAAAUUUCACAUGUAUACAAGUAUUCUCAGAAAUGAGUAUUCUUCCAUGUCAGAAUACAUUAGGAUUUCAAGGAUGCAAUAUGUUGGCAGUUGGGCAACUGAAGUAGAGAUUCAAGCAGCAGCUGACUUUUUUGGUGUUAAUAUUUUUACUUAUUGCAAUGAUAAAUGGCUUAAAUAUAUUUCUGCAAACACUUUUUCCAAUCAUGGCCUCUAUUUGCAAAAUAUUGAUGGCAAUCAUUAUGAGACAGUUGUUUGUGUAAAGCAGCCCAAGUCACAAACAUGUUAUGGUUAUUGUACAAAUGAAGAUGUUUCUGGGAAACGUAAAACUCGACAAAAAACUAUUGACCAAAAAGUUGCGCGUGUAGAAAUGGUAAAAAUUGAAAAUUCUGUGCAAGAUGAGUGUGUAGAUAAUCAAAAUGCGUUUCUAUUUACUCCGCUGUCUAGAGUUACUGCUAAAACUUUGUGCAACAACUUAAAAAUAGACUUUGAAGAAUACAAUUUCCAAUAUUCAACAUUGCAUGGGCCUUUAGGAAGUGUAUGUAAAAUAGAAAUUAUUAUACAUGACAAUAACAGUUUUUUCAGAGCUGUAGCUCAUGUACUUAGCGGUUCACAGAAUAAUCACCGUAAAAUUAGACUUGCUGUUGUUUCAUAUAUGGCCAAGAAUAUAGGAGAAUGUGAAGAGUUGUUGGAAAGAGAUUAUACUUCUGUGAUGGAAUAUGUUAACAAGUCACAGAUGAAGUACUUGGGUCACUGUGCUACCGAAAUUGAGUUUAAAUCUGCAGCUAAUAUGUUGGGAUUAGAUAUAUGUGUAUUUAAUGGCACACAGUGGACUAAAUACAGUUCAAAUAACAGUAACUUGACUCAUGAGAGUCUGUGUCUUCAGAACUGUAAUAAUCACUUUGACGUUGUUGUUUGUGCAAAGAAGGGUCAUGAAGACUCUUGCUUUAAACUUUGUAAUGCAAGUGGUUCGUUACAAACACAAUAUAUGCAUACAAGAUCUUUACAAGUGCAGGAAAAUGCAAAACAAAUUCUUAGAAGCAAUAAAACAAACUACUGUUUUUCAAAGUAUUUUAAACGAAAAAGGAAUC